AUGAUCCCUGAUGCGCCCAAUUUUGACGCCAAGGACUCUUCAUUCUUCAAUAAGUGGCGCACGUUACCUCCCCCAGAACAGGUUCAGGAAAAGGCCAAAGCACAGUGGGUCUCAGGAACAAGUCUGGACAAGCGCAAGACCCUCUCAUACGGCGCGCGUUAUAUGAGACCACCACCCGCUGUGUUUGAAAACAUGGGCCUGGUUGUCAAAUGCGGAGUUGAGGUGGGAAUCCCAGAGGCCCGUCUGUCUACGGAAGGAUCCCAAUAA